GUGAAGUGUUUUACGUAGCGGAGGCAAAACAAGGGGAACUGUUUUUAAGAAAGCCUCUUAGAGGAAUUAGUCGCACCGCAGUGAUGUCCUGGUUUGGCUACAGCGGCUAGUGCUAGCGUUAGUUGGUUAACCAAGUGUUAAGUAAACUGAAGUGUUACUAGAGGCUUGGAUAUAACGUUACAGAGGGGAGGGAGAAGUAUUACGACAUCAACCUGAGCUUCCUGAACUCAAGCUAGGUAACCUAAACCAACCAACAGCCGCAGAGGACGUCGAAGGUGAAAACCAGAGUUCAGGAAAAGAUUAACCAACCACCCGGCGUUGUAAGCUAUUUAAUAAGACAAUUGGGAUUAACUUUUGGUGAGGUUUAACGGACCUCCGCGAUGUCUCUGGCCGAGCAAAGCCAGCAGUGGUUCCCUACCAGUGUCCAGGUAACGGUGCAUCAGGCUCGGGACCUGCGUGCCAAGGGCAAGAAUGGCACCAAUGACGCCUAUGCCAUCAUCCAGGUGGCCAAAGACAAGUUUUCUACCUCUGUCGCGGAGAAAAGUGCCGCUCCUGUGUGGAAGGAGGAGGCUUCAUUUGACCUGCCGCUGUUCCAUCCGAGCAACUCUGAACGCUGCACGCUGUAUAUCAUAGUCAUGCACCGUGCUCAGGUGGGGCUCGACAAGUUCUUGGGUCAGGCUGUGGUGAACUUACUGGAUCUCCAUGACAACAAGUCUCGCAAAAAGACAGAUUGGUUCAAGCUGGUGGACAAGAGUGGAAAAGAGGACAAGGCGCGAGGGGAGGUGCUGCUAGAUAUCCAAUUUAUGAGAAACAACAUGUCAGCUAGCAUGUUUGACCUUUCUAUGCAGGACAAACCGCGCUCCCGCAUCUCCAAGUUCAAGGACAAAGUCCGUGGAAAGAAAAAGGACGGCUUCUCUGACUCUGCUUCAGCUAUUGUUCCCUCUGUCAGCAAGGUCCUCACAGACAGCGAGGGGGAGGCUGAUGCACAGUCACUCAAUCAGUCUCCAGGAGUGAAAAAGAAAUCAAAACUCAAAACCCUCUUCGCCCCCAAAUCAAACUUGCAGCGUAAUGUGUCACAGUCCAUGUCUACACUGGGGACUCUUCCGGAGAAGAACUCAUCACUCAGUGGCAGCAGAUCAUCUGGCCUCAAUGUAGACACUCCUGAAGUUAAAAAGAAAUUCAAAUUCCUGGGACACAAGCGAACAGGCAGCUCUGACAGCAAGGUGUCUCAGGGUCCUUUCUCCCUACUGAGUCGCUCCAAGCAGAGCAACAGUGACCUGAACAACCUGUGCAUCAACGGCAGCCAUGUGUACGCAGAAGAGACAGAGUCCAAGAGUGGAUCUACUCUCAGUCUGAACAGCUCAGGCCAAGGAUCUGUGGAGGAUGUCCGCAAACACACCUCAGACGCCUCUGCAGAUUCCUUUGUAAGUAUACCUGUGCCCUCCUACAAGGAGGAGUCUGUAGAUAGGGCAAUAAUGGAGAAACAGCGCCAUCAAGAGGAGGAGGAGAGAAGGCAGGCAGAGGAGAGGCGCAUAGCAGAGGCCAAGAGGCUGGAGGAAGAGGAGAAAUACAGGGCAGAGGCAAAGAGACUACAGGAGGAAGAGGAGCGCAGACUCCGAGAGGAACAGGAGAGGAACAGGCGCUUCCUUGAGGAUGAAGCAAGGAGGAAGAAACAGAGAGAGGAGGAAGAAGAAGAGAGGAGAAAACAAGAGGAAGAACGCAGGAUGCUGGAGGCAGCAGAAAACCAGAGGCUUGAGGAGGAACGUCGCAGAGCCGAGGAGCAGAAACGACAGGAGGAGGCCUCCAUGAGCGACAGGUUGACGUCCCUGUUUGGAAUGAUCAGAAAGAAGGAGGAGAAGAAGGAGGAGGAGGUACAGCAACAACCUAAAGAGGAACUGCCCACAAAACCUCCACGCAACAACUCAGGAGAUCCUGAUGAACCGAUCUCCCACCGCUCCACCAACCCGUUUGAAGACAUUCCCCUCAGCUCAGAUCCUCCAGUCAGCACUAAUAAAAGCCCAGCUGAUAAUCAGAAAAUCAGCCGUAACCCACAAACUCCCUCCGCCAUGGUCUUCCUCAACCGCAAUGCUAAAGUGUCUGCAGUCAAACCCAGAUUAACUCAGUCUCUGGAGUCUGAACCUGCUGACUGCCAAACCCCCAGUCAGCUGUGUCCUUCCCCAGCCACCCCUGAGUCCACCUUCUCUAGUGUCCCAUCUGAGUCCCCUGAAACUUUCUCCAGUCUCCACCUGUCCCUGGCUCCACCAACUAUAAGCCAAAGCCCAUCUGGUUCACCUCGUGGCAGCGUAGAGGAUUUGUCCUCUGUGGGAUCUUCACCCACCAUGGCUGAAAAGAAGAGAAGAGCCCCUGUGCCAUCCUCGUAUCUAGUACAUGGGACCCAAACUGGAGGCAGGGAGCUAACAAACCCUGCAUACGUAGAGGCAGAUGGACCGCAGCAAGGCAGAAAACCUUCUGUACCACUUCCUGAUUAUGAAUCACUUUUUCCUCAAAAGAGACACGGCGUGCAAGGGCACACUCGAUGGGACCAUAUAAUCGCUGAGGUCAAUCAAAAACACCGGGACAGUACAGAGAUGAGUGUUGAUGGUCCAGAAGAGCACGGACCUAAUAUUAGGUCUUCACUUCCACAGGACAGUGCUGCUAUGAGGAGUUUUUAUCAAACGCAACCACUGGAGGCCAAACCUACGUCGUCAAAAAAAACAGCGGCCCCAGCUCCCCCUAAAUUAGUUGCACCACCACUCCCCCAAAAAGUAGGCAAUGCCAGUCAGAGACAGAGCCAGAAUACUGCUCUCCAACCUCCCAUGAGGCGUAGUCUGCCUGCAGUCCCAGGACCUGAAAACACUGAUGCUUCAAGCAGAGAAAGUCUGUCAGUGAUGUCCAGGGAUGGAGCAAGGAAGGUGUUGCACCCAUCACCUACACCGAGACCAAAUAGCCAAAUGGACUGGGAUAACACACCACAGAGUGAUAAAAGAGAAGUGCAAGUCACUGCAGACAAAGAGGCACCCACAGCCAAACCUAGACAGAGGACAAGUGACAAGGAGCCAGUUCAGCAAGAAGAUCUUGCUGGGACACCGGCAGUCUCGAACAGUCACAUCCAAACAUCUAGUUCACAUAUGAGCAGCAUGAACACAAACAACAGACAAGCAAAGGACAACUUUGAGUUUGAUCCAUUUCCCAUCACUGAGCUUCUUCCCAAAGACCCAUGGGCAAAGCCAAAGCAGAACCAAGAAGUAGAUGGCCUUUUUACUGGCAGUGUGAAAAAAGAGCAGAAAGUUGAAGAUCGGGGAAUGACACCUGACGAUCUUGAUCAAAUCUUUAACCAAGAGAAACAGACGGAUCCAUUUGCUGAUUUUAAUGGCAGCGAUUCAAACAAACACAGUGACAGCAGGAAAAAAGAUGAAGAUUCAAAGCCAGACAGUCCCGCUUUCCAAAGAAGGAAUUCACAGAGACAAGUUAAACAGAAUCCUCCAACCACAACUCACUCGGACAAUAAGCCUUCCAAGCCUCAACAACAUCCCGCACCUAAAGCAGAAACAACCACAACAACAGCUUAUCGGGCCGUGUCUGCAAGAGGUGUCAGGAAGGAGCCUGUCACACCGAAGCUUCCAGCUGAUGUGAAAACACAAGGCAAAUCUUAUGGAGGAGAGGAUCAGUUUGGGGCUGAACCUUUUAUCUCUGCCUUGAUUUCCUCAGAGUCCCUCCCCGUAGUUAUGGAAGAACCGGCUUCUCAGGCAGGAGGCUUGUCUGGUGGAAAGGCGCCUUUGCGAGCGUGGGUCUUACCCUCUGACACUCAGCCUGUCAGUGCUCAGAAUAGCAGUGGAGGUGGGCUAGCCUUAACUCCCCGCAGGCCUCAUCCUGUGAAGCCCAUGAGCUCAGAGAGUCAGCAACCCAUCAGCACCCCUGCUGUGAAAGAGAUAAAGGUCCGUGACAGUACACCAGGAAAGAUUCAGGUGGCAGACUCAGUGGAAAGUGGCCCUUACACUCAGCUGACACAGGAGGAGUUGAUCACACUGGUGGUGAGGCAGCAAGCCGACCUGUCCAGGAAGGACUCCAAGAUAGUCGAGCUCGAGGAGUACAUCGACAACCUGCUGGUCCGCGUCAUAGACGAGAGCCCCAGCAUCCUGCAGUCUCUUAAUUCCAAGCCAGUAUAAGGUAACGCCGUCUGGAAAAAGAGAGGCCCACUUAAGGACGUGGUUAUGUAUGUUGUGUGUUUGUACUGUUGUCACUGUGUACUGAGAGACAUGGUCUCGAUGAAGAUCUGUGAGCAUAUGCACUUUCUUAGUUUCAGAGUCAAAUUAGUUUGAGAAUGUUGGAAAAUUGACUCUGAAGUAAUAACAUUUGAUGAACACUUAAUAACAAGCAAAUAAAACAUCUUUACACGAGCAAAUGAAUGUAUUUGUUUUGACGGUACUGAAAUUUGCUUUAAAAAGACGUGUUACAUGAAAAUCUAUUCAACUCUGAUUUUAUGUACCAUACUUGAUGAAACUUGGGUUGAGCUUUAUUUAAUAUCUUAAAGAUGCAGAUAAAAAUGAUUGUUUAUUUUAAGCUGUUAGCUGGCCUUUUUUACUCUUUACACUGGGCUUUGUAUAACUUAUUGCUGUGCAAUGAAUGAUCAUAUACAUACCAACCAUUCUAAAUUCGUGCACCAUGUUAAUGAGGUAAGAAUGUAAUAUUUCUCUCAUAUGAUUUACGAUUUAAUGAGCAGCCUUAAUAUUCAAUUUGUUUAUAUAACAAGUGUACAAUGACAUUUCCCUCCACUGAUGAAAUCUAAUUUUCUUAUUUCUUUUUCGAUCCUUCUGGCUUGCAUGUAUUUUUCUUUUCUUUUUUCUUUUUAAUUAACAACAUUCCUCCCACGUUUUACUCACCACAGUUGAAUGUCAGCUGGCCAUCCAGUCCUUAAAACAUAUUGUGCCUAUUUGUGCUUCAGAGAGGUGUUAUUCAGAAUACCAGCAAUAACUAAAAUUGCACCGCAGGUAUGGCAGUUUUUCCUUUCAUGUGGUUGUUAUGUAGCCUGUGCACAUAAUUUUGAAAUAUUAUGCAAGUGACAGUGCAGAAUCAAACUCUUCUAUUGUGAGGUUUUGAUCACUGUGAUGUUUGUGUUGUAUUUGUGAAAUGAAAACUGAGAGAUAAUCAACAAUGAAUAAUUAGAGGAAUGGUAGUAGAGUAAGUGUCAGUAAUAACCUACCAGCCUUGUCUUUGUAUUUGAACCUACACUAAUGAAUGAACAUAUAUGCCUUUAUAUGACUAUUAUUUUAUGUCUUGGCUGCAUUGAUAGCAAUAUUAAUCUUCAUGAAUGUACAGAUCUGUGCCUUCAAAACCUUUUUCAUGACUUUAAUGUCUGAUUUGCUGGAUGAGCUUCUUUUUCUGGACUGAGAGCUCAAAGAAUGUACAGCCUGAUGUGUCGAGUGUUUGUUGACAUGAUAAUAAUACUACAGUAAAACAUGUAAAACUUCAGAGAGAAGCGAUGCUGAGCAAAAUACGGUUUUAUUUGAAAUAAAGACACUAAUUAUUUCACCAC